AUGAACGACGUGACUCUGGAGCGGAAUAACAUCAGUGGCAAACUAAAGCACGCAACGAGCUAUACGAGCACCUCGGUUAAUGAGGCCGUCAAGCUGCGUAAAGCUGAGGAUGAUCCCAUUGAGCCGCAGACCAUACCGUCAUACUUUCGCGAAAUAUGCCAGAGGUAUGCGACUCUGCCAGCUUUGGUCUGGGAAACGCCAGAAGUGGGUAAAGAUGUCUGGAAAACAGUGACUUAUGCAGAGUAUGAGCACAGUGUGGAGGAAGCGGCGUUGAUGUUGAUCCAUGUGGGCCUGGAGGAGCGCAGUUCAGUGGGCAUCCUUGCUUUUAACUGUCCCGAAUGGUUCUUUACCGAGUUGGGAGCAUUACGUGCUGGCGGCAUCGUGGCUGGCAUCUAUCCAAGCAACUCCGCAGAGGCAGUUUUUCACUCAUUGGAGACCAGCGAUGCGACAGUCUGUGUUGUGGAUGACGACAAGCAAAUGGCAAAACUUAAAGCCAUCAAGCAUAGACUACCACGUCUCAAGGCCGUCAUACAGCUACAUGGACCAUAUGAAUCCUUUGUGAACCAGGAGCCUGGAUACUAUAGCUGGCAGUAUCUGCAGGAUCAGCAGCACAUCUAUGGCGAUGAACUAAAGGAGGAGCUGCUGCGUAGGGAAAAUGCCAUAUUUGCGAAUGAGUGCUCCAUGCUGAUUUUCACCUCUGGCACCGUCGGCAUGCCAAAGGCUGUGAUGCUGUCCCACGACAGCGUCAUAUAUGAUACGAAGGUUGUAUCGGCGAACACGGACAAUGCCGUUGAAGGUGGGGAACGUUUGGUCAGCUAUUUGCCACUGAGUCACAUUGCGGCCCAAAUCUUUGACAUAUUCCUGGCCAUGUCGCAUGGCGGUUGUGUCUACUUUGCCGAUAAGGAUGCCCUUAAAGGGACACUAGUACGCUCCUUCCAGAAGGCCAGACCCACUCGCAUGUUUGGUGUUCCACGGGUCUUUGAGAAGUUUCAGGAACGUCUGGUUGCUGCCGAGGCCAAGGCCAAGCCGUAUUCCCGCAUGCUGUUGGCAAAAGCACGGGAUGCUGUCGCCCAGCAUCAACUGACAACAAUUGCUGGGAAACAAUCUUCGAUUUACAGCAUGGCCAAAUAUUGGCUGGCGUCUCGUCUGAUCCGUCCCAUACAACAGAUGCUGGGCCUGGAUCAAUGUCAUAUAUUCUUCACAGGUGGUGCCCCAGUCUCAGCGGAGCUAAAGCAUUUCUUUUUGGGCUUAGACAUGCCACUGGGUGACCUCUACGGCAUGUCGGAGACAGCCGGAGCCAUAACUCUACAUUUACACAUCAGCAAUCUGUAUAGCUCCGGUACGCCAAUCCCUGGAACGGAGGUAAAAAUCCUUGAGCCAGAUGCAAACGGCCAAGGAGAGAUUUUGAUUCGUGGACGUUCCAAUUUCAUGGGCUACCUCAAUGAACCUGGAAAAACUGAGGAGGUUAUAGAAGAGAACGGUUGGCUGCAUACCGGGGAUUUAGGUUCAGUAGAUAAGUUCGGAAAUGUUGUCAUCUCGGGCAGACUAAAGGAGCUGAUUAUCACGGCCGGUGGCGAAAACAUUCCACCCGUUCACAUCGAGGAGUUGAUCAAGCGUGAGCUACCGUGUGUAAGCAAUGCUUUAUUGAUCGGCGACCAUCGAAAGUAUUUGUCGGUGCUGUUGGCUCUCAAGACAAAAUCAGAUCCGGAAACGGGAAAACCAUUGGAUGCGUUGCGUGAGGAGACUGUUGAGUGGUUGCAGGGCAUUGGUCUAAAUCAGACACGUCUUUCUGAACUUUUCAACAUUCCCGCUGAUUUGCACCUGCCCAACGAUGCAAAUGCUGUCUCCGCUGCCCUGAAAAUCAAUGCGGACUCCAAGCUCUAUGAAGCUCUUGAGGCUGGUAUCAAGCGGGCCAAUAAAGAAUCAAUUUCGAAUGCUCAGCGGGUUCAAAAGUUUGCUCUAAUUCCUCACGAGUUCUCAUUGUUGACUGGCGAACUUGGACCCACACUGAAGAUCAGGCGUAAUAUUGUUCACGCCAAGUAUGCACAGCUGAUCGAGCGACUUUACAAAUGAAACAGCGUUUAGAACUUAAUUUAGCCUUAAGUUUUAAUGGUUGACCAUCGAUUUUACACAUUUGUUUAACUACCGCAGAUAUUUACUUAUAAACUACGUACAAGAAACUAA